CCAACACUUGUACAAAGAUCCAUCAUCUGUAAUAACUUUAAUUGGGAAAUAUGGAAACGGAAAAAACCAACUCUCCUUAUUUAUGUAGCUACAAAAACCAAACAGUUAUAUUAAUUUCUCAACAAACGAAAAAAAGAAAGAAAAAAGAAAAAAAAUGGUGCUUCUUGAUCAACUUUGGGAUGAUGUUGUAGCCGGGCCUCAGCCCGAACGUGGCCUCAAACACCUCAAGAAGGUGUAUACCAACCCCUUGAGCAUCAAAGAUUUUGUGGGAGAGGGUAGCAGCGGUGGUAAUAGCAAAUACCAGAGGUCACUGUCGAUGCCGUCCAGCCCGCCGACGCCCGGAACGCCGACCAACCUGUCGCCGACGGGGGGGCAAAGGGACAACGUGUGGCGGAGUGUGUUCAACCCCGGUAGCAACCUCGCUACCAAGAACGUCGGCUCCGAUUACUUCGAUAAGCCGCAGGCCAAUGCACCUACCGUUUACGAUUGGAUGUACAGUGGGGAAACUAGGAGCAAGCAUCGCUGAAGAACAAGUGUUGGGAAUCACGAUCACCGAUCGAUAACAUCACCGGUGGUUGUAUGUAAAUAAUGUGUUGUUCCACCUUUCUCAGCGUGUGGAUCGGAGAUGAUCACUGCUGCUGCUUAAUGCUUUUAGUUUUAUUGUGAUUAAUAAUUGUUUAUUGUGUGAUUAAGCUAUAUAUAUAUUUAAAUAAUAAUAAUUAAAUAGAUUUAGUUGGCUUAAUUGGCCAACUUCUUGUGAAGAUGCUGGCAGUUUUUCUGAUCUACUAUGGACUCUGUAGAUCAUCUGUCAUGUUAUCUUACUAGUAUUUUUAUAAAAUAAACUGUCUGUGAAUUAUUUAUUUUUUAAUUACUUAUUUAAUUUAAUGGUUUUUUUUUUGUUUUUGUUUACCAUUGUAAUAGAGUUACAACCUCGAAUAAUGGACCUUUCUUAAUGAAUUUUAGCAAUCAU